AUGAAGCACUGGGUUCUACCAAGGGCGGCGGGCUGGGGUCGCGGGGGGACACGGCCCUUGCACACGCCCCCGCCUCGCCGCCGGGAUCCUCGGCGCUACGCGGCCGGUAACUUCAAAGGCAAAAGCCAGUCGGAGACGGCCACAGAGGGCGGCGAGCGUCAGGCCAGUGUGUGCCGCGACUUCGGCGUGCCGGGCGGCACGCUGCGCGGCUGGCUCAAGGACGAGCCCAAACUGCGCUGGUUCCUGGACCAGCUGGGCGGCGAGGUGGGCACGCAGCGCAAGAAGAUGCGACUGGCCAACGAGGAGGAGAUCGACCGCGCGGUCUACUCGUGGUUCCUCACGCUGCGCCAGCACGGCGUGCCGCUGUCGGGGCCCAUCAUCCAGGCGCAGGCGGAGGCCUUCGCACGCCAGAUCUAUGGGCCUGAGUGUACCUUCAAGGCCAGCCACGGCUGGUUCUGGCGCUGGCAGAAGCGCCACGGCAUCUCCAGCCAGCGCUUCUACGGCGAGGCCGGCCCCCCAGUCCCGGGCCCCGCGCCUGGCCCGCCCGUCAAGGAGGAGCCCGCGAUGCCCCCUGGCGCCGGUCCCCUGCCGGAUCGGGCUUCGGCCCCGCCGCCUCCCGCCGAGGGCGGCUAUGGCGAUGAGCAGAUCUACAACGCCAACGUCACCGGCCUCUACUGGAAGCUGCUCCCGGAGCAGGGAGCGCCCCUGGGUGCAGGGAACCCUGGGGCUGGGAGCUGCGGCCGGCGCUGGCGGGGCGACCGGGUGACGGUUCUUCUAGCCGCCAACCUGACCGGCAGCCACAAGCUGAAACCGCUGGUAAUCGGGCACUUGCCCGAUCCGCCCAGCCUGCGCCACCACAACCAGGACAAGUUCCCGGCCUCCUACCGUUACAGCCCUGACGCCUGGCUCAGCCGCCCACUACUGCGGGGCUGGUUCUUUGAGGAAUUUGUGCCUGGUGUCAAGCGCUACCUGCGCCGAAGCUGUCUGCAGCAGAAGGCUGUGUUGCUGGUUGCCCACCCGCCCUGCCCAAGCCCAGCCGCCAGGAUGCCUGUCCUGGAGGAGAGCGAGGAGACCCCCAUGCGGUGCCGGCCUGAACCCCUCGGCCCCCCUGAGGAGCUGCAGACCCCGGACGGCGCAGUGCGUGUGCUGUUCCUGUCCAAGGGCAGCAGCCGAGCGCACAUCCCGGCACCACUAGAGCAGGGUGUGGUGGUUGCUUUCAAACAGCUGUACAAGCGGGAGCUGCUGCGGCUGGCUGUGUCCUGUGCCAGCGGCUCCCCGCUGGACUUUAUGCGCAGCUUCAUGCUCAAGGACAUGCUCUACCUGGCUGGCCUCUCCUGGGACCUGGUGCAGGCAGGCAGCAUCGAGCGCUGCUGGCUGCUGGGCUUGCGGGCUGCCUUUGAGCCCCGACCGACUGAGGACAGCCAUGGGCAGCCAGCCUGCCAGGCUGAGGAAGCAGCUGAGCACAGCAGGGUGAUCAGUGACCUCACUCAUUUGGCCGCUCUGGCCUGCAAGUGCUUGGCCCCUGAGGAGGUUGCAGAGUGGCUGCACCUGGAUGAUGAUGGGGGCCUGCCAGAGGGCUGCAGGGAGGAGGCGGGCCCUGCCCUGCCCCCUACACUGACCUCUGCAGCCCCUCCACCCCCAGCCAGCCUGCCCUCUGGCAUGGGGGGCGGAGAGGAGGAGGAAGAGGCCACGGAGUAUGGAGGGGCCUCGGUGCCCACUGCUGGGGAGGCUGUCCGGGGGCUGGAGGUAGCCUUGCGGUGGCUGGAGAGCCAGGACCCUGAAGAGGUGGGGCCGCUGAGGCUGGUACAGCUGCGUUCACUCAUCAGCAUGGCCCGGAGGCUGGGGCGCAUCCGGCGCCCCCCAGCAGUCUCCGGUGAUGGCGUGUGACCAAGCUGGCCCGGUGGCCUUUCUCCUGCUGCACUUGGAGGGAGGGGACACGCAGUCUCCCAUCUCCCUUCCCCCUGAGGUGACCCAGCCCACGGCUACAAGGGGUUACAGGAAUCCAAGUCCCGCCUGGCUUGGUGAGAGGUCAUUCUGUCCCACUGGUCCCCCAGUCUCCUGGGUGAAUAGCUGGAAGAGAGGUCCCUAGCCCAUGCUCCU